CCCUCCAUCUCAAAGAUGCUGCUGCCGCUGCUUCUACCCCUGCUCUGGACAGGUGAGUGGGCCGAGGGGAGGGGGCGAGGUGGGCGGGCUGCUGCUGACCCUCCAUUCUCCACAGGGUCCCUGGCUCAGGGCUUGGAAUUCCAGCUGCUGGUGCAGGAGACGGUGAAGGUGCAGGAGGGCCUGUGCGUCUCCGUGCCCUGCCGCUUCUCCCACUCCAAAAUGUUCUGGACCGAGUCUUUCCCAGCGUUUGGCUACUGGUUCCAGGAAGGGGCCAGUGUAUACCAGCAUGCUCCGGUGGCCACAAACAAUCCAGGUCGUAAAGUGCAGGAGGAGACCCAGGGCCGAUUCCACCUCCUCGGGGACCCCGGGGCCUACGACUGCUCCCUGGACAUCAGAGAUGCACAGAGAAGGGACUCGGGGACAUACUUCUUUAGGGUGGAGAGAGGGUCUUCUGUGAGAUAUAAUUACCUGCAGAAUCAGCUCUCCGUGUUUGUGACGGCUCUGACACAGACACCUGACAUCCACAUCCAGGGGUCCCUAGAAUCUGGCCACCCCAAGAACAUUACCUGUAGCGUGCCAUGGGCCUGUGAGAGGGGGACACCCCCCACCUUCUCCUGGAUCGGAGUUGCCCUCCCCUCCUGGGGCUCCAAGGCUCCCCACUCCCCCGUACUCACCCUCACCCCGAGGCCCCAGGACCAUGGCACCAACCUCACCUGUCGAGUGACCUUCCCCGGAGCUGGUGUGAGCACGGAGAGGACUGUCCAGCUCAACGUGUCCUAUGCUCCACACAACCUGACCAUCCACACCUUCAGGAGAAACAGCACAGGUGGGAGAGGCCCUGGGGCACCACGGAAGUCUCAGAGGUAUCUCCUGUUCCUGUCCCCAAAUCUCUGGGGGCACCUGGCCUCUAAUCCUCACCCUACUCAGAGGGGCCCUCAUGGGGGCUGGCUUCCUUUUGACCUAUGGCCUCACCUGGAUCUACUACACCAGGUUCAGAGGCUCCAAAGAGAGUAAGGCUGCAAGUUGUAACUGAGCCCUCUUCCUCACGGUGGUGCUGCUGACCGGAGGAUGAGAUCUGUCAAACUACAGAUCCUCGCCCCAGAGACUCACUCCUGUACAGCUCUGUGGAGCAAGGGGUUCCUGGGGGACUGGACCCUGCCUCCUCUCCAGGAAUCAGGUCUCUCUACCUCUGGCCAUUAAGACUCUUCCUGCUGGUUCUGCAUCCGUGGUGAGGAGGACACAGAUGGAUUUUUGUUAUAAUUAAUUUGAAUUAGGCAUACCCUGUGUAAUAUGCUGCUUCUGUGUGUUUAUCUUGGAUAAGCCCAAACUUCAACCCCACAAUACAGUGCUAUAAAUCUCAAAAUAUAUCAUUUUUUAAAACA